AUGCCAGACAUGUACGGCUUCCAAGCCGGGGCUCAAUCCACCACACAAGGCACAGCAGACGAUCAGCAUACGCCUUCACAGCUUACUCCAAAUGUGCUUCCUUGCCGAAUCCACCACGAUGGCCCCAUAGAAGCCCUUGAGCGAUUCUGGGCCCCUGCAUCCAACCCAAAAGAUAGUGUGCCAACAGCAUUCUUUAGAGGCCGCAAGCUUCGGGGGCGGCGCGUUGCGAUUCCAGAUGGGUAUCAAGGAGUUGUUGCAACCCCCACUGAUAGAGUCUUGCCCAAAUCUCCACCAAAGAACCAGGACGCUGACAUAGAGAUUGUCGAGCCUGAGGAACCCGUCAAGGUCUUGGAGACCCAAGGCACGUUCGAAAAUAUGGUCGUCUGGGGACAUGAGAUUAUUCCGGCUUCGGAUGACACUUUUGUCAAGGGCGUGGAAGAAUGGAUCAGGUUCGCAGAGACAAUGCAUGCUCCAGCGUCAGAAACAGAUGAUACAAAAGCCUAA